AUGACAGUAGGGGCAGGACUGUGCGUCAUCCUGUUUGAAUUCAGAGACAGCUUUGCGUUGAGUGAGGAAGAGGUGGGUCAGACUCUUCUGGUGCAGCAUGAGAUCGACACAGGUGAUGCUCGACCCAUCAAGAUGCGUCCCCGCCGUAUCCCGCUGGCACGCCAGGAGGCGGCAGACAAGGCUGUGUUGGAGAUGCAGCGGGCAGACUUCAUUGAGCCCUCAGACAGCCCCUGGGCGGCGCCAGUCGUCAUGGUUCCGAAGAGGGGCAAGCUGAGGUUCUGUGCGGACUACAGGCGGCUGAAUGAGGUAACCAGGAAGGACUCAUACCCCAUACCACGUAUCGAUGAGUCGCUGGACCUGGAGGGGUCCUCCUGGUUCUCCUCACUAGACCUCCGCAGUGGCUACUGGCAGGUGCCCCUCUCCCCAGAGGCCAGAGCCAAAACUGCGUUCUCCACUAACAGAGGACACUGGCAGUUCAAGGUCCUGUGCUUUGGCCUGUGCAACGCUCCAGCUACUUUUGAGCGUUUGAUGGACAGGGUGCUGGAUGGCAUCCCCCGACAGCAGUGUCUGGUAUACCUCGAUGACAUCCUGGCCCAUGGCAGCUCCUUCCAGUCAGCCCUGGGGGCGCUACGGCGUGUGCUGGAGAGGGUGGCUGCCGCAGGUCUGAAGCCACCCGAGAAGUGCCACUUCAUGAGGAGAGAGGUGUCCUUCUUGGGCCACCGAGUGGGGAAGGAGGGGAUCAGCACCAUGGAGGACAAGGUAGGGGCUGUCAGAGACUGGCCCACCCCCACCGACCAGCGUCAGCUGAAGAGCUUCCUGGGCCUGGCCUCGUACUACAGGAGGUUUGUACGGGGCUUCUCAAGCGUUGCUGCUCCACUGAACCGCCUGCUGCCGAAGGACAAGGCUUUCACUUGGACAGUGGAGUGUGAGGAGGCGUUCAACACCCUCAAACGUGCACUGAUCGAGGCCCCGUGCUCGCCCCCUGACCUCACCUUGCCCUUUAUCCUGGACACAGACGCGAGCAAUGUGGGCAUGGGUGGGGUGCUGGCCCAGGUGGGGCCAGAGGAGAGAGUGGUGGCGUACUUCAGCAAAACAUUUGACAAACAUGAGCGCCGCUACUGUGUCACCCGGCGGGAGCUCUUGGCUGUUGUGGCUUCCGUCAAACACUUCAAGUACUACCUGGGUGGUCUGCCCUUUACUGUAAGGACUGACCACUCUGCUCUCCAGUGGCUCAUGUCUUUCAGAGAGCCAGAGGGGCAGGUGGCACGCUGGUUGGAGGAGCUUCAGCCGUAUGACUUCACGGUGGUGCACAGGGCAGGGGCACGCCACUCCAACGCCCGACGCCAUGUCCCGUCGGCCCUGUACUGCGAGAAAGGGCCCCCAGGCCGCUCUCAUGCUCAGCUCCAACAGUUCCCAGUGGGGGCUCCCAUGGAGAGGGUGGGAGUGGAUGUAGUUGGGCCGUUCCCCACCACAGACAGUGGAAACCGCUGGGUGCUCACGGCCAUGGACUAUUUCACAAAAUGGCCCGAGGCCUAUGCUCUGCCUGACCAGGAGGCAGAGACCAUCGUCGACGCCCUGACAGCGGGGAUGUUCAGCAGGUUUGGAGCUGCAGAGUCCAUCCACAGCGACCAAGGCAGAAACUUUGAGUCCCGUGUGUUCGCCACCAUGUGUGAGAGGCUGGGUAUGCACAAGACCCGCACUACUCCUCUCCAUCCUCAAAGUGAUGGCCUUGUGGAGCGCUUCAACAAAACGCUUGGACAGCAGCUGGCCAUCGUCUCUUCCAAACACCAGCGUGACUGGGACAAGCACCUGCCUAUGGUCCUCAUGGCAUGCCGCUCCGCUGUCCAAGACUCCACCUCCUGCACGCCUGCCCUCCUCAUGCUGGGAGAGAUCCGCACCCCUGCGGAGAUGGCGUUUGGUCGGCCCCUGGAUAGCCCUCAUGUUCCUCCGGGGCCGGAGUAUGCCCGGAGACUCCAGGACCGCCUGGAGACAGCCCACACCUUCGCCAGAGAGCAGCUGGUGAAUGCAGGUGUGAGGCAGAAAAGGGACUAUGACGUGCACACCCGGGAAGGCACUUUGUGGCUGGGGAGCUGGUCUGGGUCUACAGCCCCCUAAGGAAAAAGGCAGAUGCCCCAAGUUGGACAGUCACUGGGUGGGACCCUGCAGUGUCCUGGAGAGGGUAGGGGAGGUUGUGUACCGGGUGCAGCUUCCUCCCAGGGGGAGAAAGGUGGCACUGCACCGGGACAGGUUAGCCCCAUACAGAGGGGCCUCUUCUCCCCAAACCCCAGGAACCCCCACAAUUCCCCUCUCUGGCAAUGACAUUCUCCAGGCACCCACCCUCAGGUGCCGCAGACAAGGCUCCAGACAGCCCACUCCCCCUGUCUCCCCCCCUGUGUCACCGCGUGGUUCCCCAGAACCACGGACUGUAUUACCCGUUCAGGCUUCCUUGUCCCCCAUAUCCCUGCCUUCAUCCCCUGGUUCCCAGAGGGGCACUCUGCGACCAUCACGGCCACGCAGGCAAAGGAGACCUCCGGGUCGCUUCAGAGACUUUGUUUGUUCCCUCGGGGACGAGGGACUUUGUGGUGGGGGGGCUGUGUAGCGACCCGCACAGACAGCUGUGUGUUAUGUGCUAGGCUAGGAGGUGGUUGUGUUGUACUGACCAGUACCCGGUGUUCGCGGGGUCCGACAUGUCAAUCAACCUGCUAUCUGCCAAUCACGGGAAUGCCUGGAAUGUUCUGAUGCCGGGCAUCCUGGUGGUUGGCGGAGUGGCGUGGAGGGGGGUUGGGCAUUGAAAGUUAAGACCAGGUUCAGCCUUUGUUCUCUCUCUCUUACGUCUGGGCUUCACAAGAGAAGGUCACGAUUGGCUUGUGGGUUAUCUGUCAUCUAUUUGGCGUGUGCUACGGCCCAAACAGUAGCCUGUGUAAAGUUGGUUCAAUAAACCGUCAAUUCGCAAACUCAA